AUGCUGCGCGGUGUGUUGUUGCUGAGCAUCCUGACGAUGAGCCUAGCGGAGAGCCGGAAAACUUCCCUCUCCAAAGACAUCUGCAAGAGCCGCUGCGCAUGCGAGGAGCGCGAGAACAUCCUCAACAUCAACUGUGAGAAUAAGGGAUUUACAACUGUCAAUCAGUACCAGGCGCCCCCGAACAAAGUCUCCCAGCUUUUCCUAAACGGCAACUUCCUGUCACGGCUCAAUGCCAAUGAGUUUGUCAGUUACGGCAAUGUUAGCUCACUGCAUCUGGGGAAUAAUGGCUUGCAGGAGAUUCGGACUGGUGCGUUUAACGGGCUGCGUUUUCUCAAGCGCUUGCACUUGAACAACAACAACCUGGAGGUGAUUAAGGAGGACACGUUUGCUGGAUUGGAGAGUUUGGAGUAUCUGCAGGCGGACUAUAAUUACAUCAGCACCAUCGAGCCAGGCGCCUUCAGUAAGCUCAACAAGCUCAAAGUGCUGAUCCUCAAUGACAACUUGCUGCUGUCCCUGCCGCCCAACAUUUUCCGCUUUGUGCUCCUCACUCACUUGGAUUUACGAGGCAACCGGCUGAAGAUGCUGCCCUUUGCAGGGGUGUUGGAGCACAUUGGGGGCAUCAUGGAGAUACAGCUGGAGGAGAACCCAUGGAACUGCACCUGUGACCUUAUUCCUCUCAAGUCGUGGCUGGACACCAUUUCGGUUUUCGUCGGGGACAUCGUGUGCGAGACUCCCUUCCGGCUGCACGGCAAAGACAUCACACAGCUCAUCAAACAGGAUUUAUGCCCACGGAGGAACGCCGGGGAGCGCGCACACCCGCCCUCUGAUUCCCAUUUCCAAGGAGCCCUACCCCCCACCUACCACCCAGGUCUGGUCACCCCCACCCGUGCCCCCAAGGCCUCUCGUCCCCCCAAGAUGCGCUACAACCGGCCCACCCCUCGCUUCAAGGACAAACACGUCUUUGGGCCCAUAAUGGUGUACCAGACCCGCUCUCCAGUGCCCAUGCUAUGCCCCUCCGUCUGCGUGUGCACGUCCCCCAACCCUGACAGCGGCCUCCACAUCAACUGCCAGGAGCGGAAAUUACAUAACAUAAGCGAGCUCAACCCUAAACCCUCUUACCCCAAAAAACUGCACCUGACCGGCAACUACCUGCAGGUCAUCUACAGGACGGACUUGGCAGAAUACAGCUCCCUGGAACUGUUGCAUCUUGGGAAUAAUCGGAUUGCCGUAAUCCAGGAGGGUGCUUUUGAGAAUUUAACCAAUCUCCGGCGUCUUUAUUUGAAUGGGAAUUACAUCGAGACUCUUUCGCAGUCGUUGUUUGUCGGGCUCCAGUCAUUGCAGUACCUAUAUUUGGAAUACAACAUCAUCAAAGAUAUUUUUCCGCAGACUUUUAACUCUUUGCACAACCUCCAGCUGCUAUUUCUCAACAACAAUUUGCUUAGAUCGCUUCCUGAUAACGUUUUUGGGGGCACGAUGUUGACUCGGCUGAAUUUACGCAACAAUCACUUUUCCUAUUUGCCCGUUAAAGGAGUACUGGACCAGCUUUCUGCGUUCAUCCAGAUCGAUCUACAGGAAAACCCGUGGGACUGUACCUGUGACAUUGUGGCCCUCAAAAAUUGGAUGGAAUUGUCCAGCACUAGCGUGGUUGUGAACGAAAUCACUUGUGACUCCCCGUCCAAGCACGCCGGUCGCCUCUUGCGCUCGCUCCGUAAUGAGGCCAUCUGCACCGAGCCAAGCGAGCUGCCCACCCCCCAGCAUGCCACCCCCACCCGGGCCCCCACCCUGCUCAGCCCCGGCACAGAGCCCACCUCCCCCGCUCUGUCCUCCUCUUCUUCCUCUGCUCCCACAUCCUCCUCCACCUCCUCCUCUUCCUCCUCUCCUUUCUCUCCUCUCAGCUCCGUCAGCCCUACAGAAUCCAAACUUUCCACUCCGGAGUUACAUCCCGAGGUCCCUCUUUCUGUCCUGAUUUUGGGGCUUUUGGUCGUUUUUAUUCUAUCCGUUUGCUUUGGCGCCGGGCUUUUUGUCUUCGUCCUCAAACGUCGUAAAGGUGUGGAACAUGUCCCUAACGGAGCUAACAACUUAGAUCUCAAUUCUUUUCAGGUCCAAUAUGGCUCUUACAACCCCGAACCCACCCCGGGUAAGUCCUCUGAAAGCCAUGUUUAUAACUACAUCCCCCCUCCCGUGGGCUCCAUGUGCCAAAACCCCAUUUACAUGCAAAAAGACGGAGAACAGGUAGCCUUUUACCGCAACCUGAAGGAGCUCAGUUUUGGGCCUCUGGAUGUGAAAAAGGAGGAUGUAGUCACACGGAGUCCAGGGGCAUACACCAUCAGUACGUUGGAUUUUAUGGAUAAAUCACCCACCAUGUGCACAAUAACGUCCCCAGAGCCCCCUGAGGUCUUGUAUCAAAACUUAGCAGAGAGGCCUCACAAAGAACUCCCCACAGCCGCAGGACCCCCACCUUUCACAUACAACUUUUGCACUUUACCCAAGAGACCAUGCAUCGUGCCCCCCUACGAAGCAGCCACCGCGCGCCGGCCCCCUCCAGCCCACGAGCGCCUCAACAAAACGGUGUUGUACGGGACCCCCAGGAAGUACUACGGGGCCGAGCACGCUUCCAUAAAGAGCAGCGAGCACCCGCUGCUCCUGCCGGGGAAACUAAAAACAGAGCCCGACUAUCUGGAAGUGCUGGAGAAACAGACUGCCAUGAGCCAACUGUAAGAUAGCCCCUCUCUCUCUCUCCACCCCUGCUCCAGGCCCUGGCCUCGCUCCAAUAACCCUGCGUUACUGUAAUCAUACCUCUAUAUAUCUGUCUUAUCUAUCUGUGUUCAAUGGGCCAUGACUCAAGUGAAUCCACGGCUUUUCUGGACUUUUUUUUUUUCCUUUUCCAUUUUCUUUCAGAUGUAUAAACGGAUUAUAAGAAUUAUAUU